UUGCCGAGCGUCGCCGUGCACGCCGGCCAGUCAAUCAGCGGCGGAGGUGAGGAGGGCGCAGCCGCGCGGCCGAGGGCAGAGUGAGCGAGUCGAGAGGAGCCAGGAGAGCGGAGCAGUGCCGGGCAGCCAGAUCCGCGCGCAGUGAGCGCCAGCCGCCGCCGCCCACACCCUCUGCUGCCCCCGCGGCGCCUGCCACCUUCCCCUCCUUUUCCGCGCCCCUGUCCCACCGGUCGGCCAGAUCGCCCCGUUCGCUGCCCUCGCGGAGCCUCGAGGUCACCGGUCAGCGCCUCCGCUCCCUUGGGCCGCGCACCGCCUCUACGCCCUCCUCCUCCUCCUCCCCCGGCCGGGCGCCUGGCACUGGGGACCGUUCCCUGACGCGCGAGGCCCAGCUCCACUUUUCUUCGCCUUGCGUUUCCUCCUCCUGCCGCUCUCCUCCUCCAACUCCUACUUCGACUCCCUCGCCCCGUCGCUCCACUUGCGAGCCCCCGACUCCGCUCCCCUCGGCCCGCGCCCCUUUCCGUCGCAUCCCGAAGGUGGGAGUGCAUCUGUCUGGCCCGCACCAUGGCACGGCUCGGCUUGCUCGCGCUUCUCUGCACUCUGGCCGUGCUCAGCGCCGCGCUGCUGGCUGCAGAGCUCAAGUCGAAAAGUUGCUCGGAAGUGCGACGUCUCUACGUGUCCAAAGGCUUCAACAAGAACGAUGCCCCCACGCAUGAGAUCAACGGUGAUCAUUUGAAGAUCUGCCCUCAGGGUUAUACCUGCUGCUCUCAAGAGAUGGAGGAGAAGUAUAGCCUGCAAAGUAAAGAUGAGUUCAAAAGUGUGAUCAGCGAGCAGUGCAAUCAUUUGCAAGACGUCUUUGCUUCCCGUUACAAGAAGUUUGAUGAAUUCUUCAAAGAACUACUUGAAAAUGCAGAGAAAUCCCUGAAUGACAUGUUUGUGAAGACAUAUGGCCGCUUAUACAUGCAAAAUUCUGAGCUAUUUAAAGAUCUCUUCGAAGAGUUGAAGCGCUACUAUGUGGUAGGAAAUGUGAACCUGGAGGAAAUGCUAAAUGAUUUCUGGGCUCGCCUUCUGGAGCGCAUGUUCCGCCUGGUGAACUCCCAGUACCACUUCACAGAUGAGUAUCUGGAGUGUGUGAGCAAGUACACCGAGGAACUGAAACCCUUUGGAGAUGUCCCUCGGAAACUGAAGCUACAAGUUACUCGUGCAUUUGUGGCAGCCCGCACUUUUGCUCAAGGCUUAGCAGUUGCAAGAGACGUAGUUAGCAAAGUCUCCGUGGUAAAUCCUACGGCCCAGUGUACCCACGCCUUGCUGAAGAUGAUCUACUGCUCCCACUGCCAGGGUCUAGUGACUGUGAAGCCAUGUUACAACUACUGCUCGAACAUCAUGAGAGGCUGUUUGGCCAACCAAGGAGAUCUUGAUUUUGAGUGGAACAAUUUCAUAGAUGCCAUGCUGAUGGUGGCGGAGAGGCUAGAGGGCCCUUUCAACAUCGAGUCGGUCAUGGAUCCCAUCGAUGUGAAGAUUUCUGAUGCUAUUAUGAACAUGCAGGAGAAUAGUGUACAAGUGUCUCAGAAGGCUUUCCAGGGAUGUGGACCCCCCAAGCCCCUCCCAGCUGGCCGAAUUUCCCGUUCCAUCUCUGAAAGUGCCUUCAGUGCUCGCUUCAGGCCAUAUCACCCCGAGGAACGCCCAACCACAGCAGCUGGCACUAGUUUGGACCGACUGGUGACUGAUGUCAAGGAGAAACUGAAACAGGCCAAGAAGUUCUGGUCCUCUCUUCCUAGCAAUGUUUGCAAUGAUGAGAGGAUGGCUGCAGGAAAUGGCAAUGAAGAUGACUGCUGGAAUGGAAAAGGCAAAAGCAGGUACCUGUUUGCAGUGACAGGAAAUGGCUUGGCCAACCAGGUCAGUAAUCCCGAGGUACAGGUUGACACCAGCAAACCCGACAUACUGAUUCUUCGUCAAAUCAUGGCCCUUCGGGUCAUGACCAGUAAAAUGAAGAAUGCUUACAAUGGGAAUGAUGUGGACUUCUUUGAUAUCAGUGAUGAAAACAGUGGAGAAGGAAGUGGAAGUGGAUGUGAGUAUCAGCAUUGCCCUUCGGAGCUUGAGUACAACGCAACUGACCACUCUGGGAAGAAUGCCAACAAUAAAGCCAGCCAUGCUGGUGCCCGUAUUAGGGCACAGCCCUACCUCCUCACUGUCUUCUGCAUCUUGUUCCUGGUUAUGCAGAGAGAGUGGAGAUAAUUCUCAGAGAGAAAGUGUUCAUCAAAAAGUAAAAAGGCACCGGUUAUCACUUUUACACCAACAUCUUAGUGACUUUGCUUUUUAAAUGAAUGGACAACGAUGUACAGUUUUUACUGUGUGGCCACUGGUUUAAAAAAUGCUGACCUUGUUUUUUUCAUUCAGUUUUGCUGGAAGAGGGGACUCGUACAUAAAGUCAGUUCCUGCUUCCCCAGAUCAUGUUAAACGUGGCUAGCAGUGUAGGUACAGAACUGUAGUUAGUUGUGCAUUUGUGAUUUUUCUCACUCUUGGUUUUUUGUUUUGUUUUGUUUUUGUGUUUGUGGGUUUCUUUUCUUCAAUUAUGAUCUCACCUUGUUUCUUACAAGAAAACCAGGGUCCUUUCUUGGCAUGUAACAUGUACGUAUUUCUGAAAUAUUAAAUAGCUGUACAGAAGCAGGUUUUAUUUAUCACGUUAUCUUAUUAAAAGAAAAAGCCCAACAAGCAGUAAAAUUUCCAUUUAUCCCUGUUGUUUUAGUUGCCUUAUCUGGAGAGAAGAGGAGGCGAUUUUGUUUUUUUAUUAUUGAGUUAGGACAGAAUGCGAAGGCACAAGGGGGCUUCUAAGCCACUUGUCAGGGUGUAUUCAAGCAUCAAUACAAGAAGAAUGUUAUAUUUCAUUUAUAGCUGGUGACUGGAAGAGACUGCAGACUACUCAUUUUGGUUGAGUUGAAUUCCAUAAGCUAAGAUCACCUAUAGGUCCAUUUCUUGAUCCCGCUUAAAGUGUAACCCAUUUAGAAGACUCCAGAUACGUUUUCCCUAGAAAGAUAAAAGACCAUUCAGGAUGUCCCAGUUAUCACAUGUUCACACUGAGUUUAGGAGUGGGGUUUUGUUUGUUUGUUUGUUUUGUUUGUUUAGCCACUGUGUGCUGGUCUUUGUGUCCACACUUGACCCUCUUUGAAUUGAUAUCCCAAUGGCAGAAAUAAGCGAUCGACUAUCUUAUUUGGUCCCCCUUGUUACAGUGUUCCAGAUUUCAAACCCAGUCAUACAGAGAGAGCUGUCUGGGGGCUAGCUAGAAUCAGGGUGGGUACAGCCUGGGCUCAGGGAAUAGCAUCCACACUCGAGCAAAGUUUUUGUCUGUGCACUUGUAUUUGCAUUCAUUUUGGGACCCCAGUUUUAUAAAAGAUUCUAAGGUGUCUUAUUUGAGUCUAUUUCUUGCUCAGCCUCCUCUGAUCAGAAAGGCAAAGGACUUGAGGUGGUUCACAGCAGUGUGCUACCCCAUCGGCCAAGAAGCCCACUUAGGGUAGAUCUGGGUGUUCAGAUUUUUUCCAUGUGCUGUGGUUUUUUUUGUUUUGUUUUAUUUUGUCUUUUGGUGGGGGGGAAGAGUGGGAGUAGGUACAGCCGAGAAGACGACAUCUUAGUGGUGACCCUUAGCCAUGUGGGUGACCUGGCAAAGGCCAUAUCUGUUGUCCCAGGCCAAAGACUAACAACUGCCUUAGCCCCUUAGAAACCCUUUCCUUGUGUCCUUACCAAAUGACAGCUUAUAAAACUAUGAGAAUGUAACAAAUCACUUUAAAAGGAGUUCCCGAAAGUCUUCAGAAAAAAUAAAAUUCUGCAAGUCUCUUCCUGCUUUAGACAGCCAUUAAGAUCCCAACCAAUUCUACAGACAUUAAAACCCACACAGAGGUUGUUUGUGUUGUUGUUCAAUCUUCAGUUGUAAGAGUAAUUCUCUAUUUUUAUAUUGAAACAUAAUUACUUGAUAGCUCAGGGUCUACAAUUCAUUCAACUUUUUACACCAAAUUCUGCAGAAUGGUCAAAAUGGCAUAUUGGAGGCUGUUGUAAACAGAGGCUUAAUUUUAUUAGAAGUAGCCAGUUAUUUAUUAAAGCAUGAUGUUAAUAAAAUAGGCAUAUUCUG